GCCUGUUUUUCUUGAGUUGCCGGUGGUACUUUGCAUAUUAUUGCUGCUCUUUGUCCUCUUUUAUUGAGUAUCGCAGCUACUAGUCCUCCUUCUCUCAGCAGGAUACGAAUCUACUUGUAGUUGUUAGUUACAAGAUAUUGAAGACUUCCCUAAUCUUACACAUUCCCUCAGUGCAAGCUUUGAAGAUUCCUUUAAUGCUCUGGGUAAUAAACAUUGGACUGCUGAACUUUUCCUGGUGUUCACAAUAUUUCACUCAGCUUCAGUAAAGCCGCAUCGACCACCAACUCUACCAAGACGGAGACGCGACUAUGAGCCACGCCGAGCUCAGAGACCUCAUUGGAAGAUUUUCUUUUCAGAAAUGUAGGCGAGGAGGCCAAGGAUUCAGGCGAGUUCUUCUGCAACUUUUUGGCUUCCUGGGUCACGGAAAAUCCUCCUUUAUAAAUACCUGCAAGUAUGUGUGGGAAGACGCGGGGUACAGCAACAUCGCCAAGGCGUCUGAUGAUGACGAGGGCCACACCAUGGUGAGAAUUACCUAUCCGCUUACGCAGACCAUCACCCUUGUUGACAAUCGGGGAUUCUGCAAAAUGGGAAGUUAUGAGACUGGGGAAAUUUUUGCUCAGCUUGGGAAUCUUCUUCCCCUGGACACCCCGGUGGAGUGGAAUGAAGGAUUCGGACUUGCAAACAGAAUUGUGAAAGCUGAAAAUUUGGUGAAAGUAUCAGAUUUUAUAGUUCCGAUAUUCGUAUACAGUGCGAAGAAAGGAAUAUGCGCAGAAGACGAGAACGAGUUGUUGGAGCUGAUUGUCACAGCCAGAGAUCUCACAGGGGUGUACCCAAUCGUUGUUCUUACUUAUAAAUCCAGUGCAAAGACUAACCAUGUGAUAAGGAAAUUCAAGACACUUGGAGUGGAGAGGAUAUUUGCCUUGGAAAAUUAUUCCCUCGAAGACCAUAGAAAGUCGGCGUCAAAACACGAGGAAGUCCUGAGUUUCCUCUGUGAGGUUAUUAAAGAUGUGGAGUUCCAGGUGAGCCAGCCACGGGACCCCGAGGAGGAGAUGACGGAGCGGAAGGCCUUUGUUCUUCGAUAUAUUCACCACAACGAUCUGAAGUUCCAGUUCCAGCAUACAGAGAUAGAGGCCCUCAGGGAACAGAGCAAGCUGGAGGACGAGCUGAGGCACCAGAGAGAACAACACGAGCAGAAGAUCCAGGAGGAUGAAAGAAAGCAUAAAGAGGACAUGAGGAGGCUGGAGGAAGAGUUCCAGAAAUUACAUGAGCAGCCUCAAUCCUACAAACCUUCAACCUAUAAAGAUUCCAAAUCCAAAAGGAGGUUUUCUAGGAAGUCAUGGGAAGAUUGAACAACGCCGACCAUUCCAGUAUUCAAUAACACUAAAGUAUUUUUAUUUUUAAACCCAAGAUGGGUACGCUAAAACUAAACAGUGGGGAAAAAAGUGCAUGUGAAACAAAAAUGCACUUAUGGUGUGUCUCUGGUCCA